UUUCUGCUAGGCUUUACAUCUCUUCCUUCACCAGAGCGGGAAAAUUCACCGCCGCAAAAACCAAAAUCAUCGUCUUUCUACUGAGCUCUAGGGUUUCCAGCCAUGGCAACCGUCGUGGAUCAAGAUCAACAAUGGCUGCUCAAUUGCUUGUCUGCCACACUCGACCCUAACCAGGAGGUUCGCCGUUUCGCUGAAGCUUCCCUCGAUCAAGCCUCUCACCAACCAGGUUUUGGGAGUGCAUUAUCAAAAGUUGCUGCAAAUAAGGAGCUUGCCGUAGGAUUGCGCCAGUUAGCUGCAGUCCUUCUUAAGCAAUUUGUUAAAAAGCAUUGGCAAGAGGGUGAGGACUCUUUUGAACCUCCUGUUGUUUCUAGCGAUGAAAAGGAAAUCAUCCGCAGAAUGCUUUUAAUGACAUUGGAUGACCCUCAUAGGAAAAUUUGUACAGCUAUUGGUGUGGCUGUGGCAUCCAUUGCAAUGUAUGACUGGCCAGAGUUAUGGUCAGAUUUGUUACCGUUUCUCCUGAAUUUGAUUAACAAUCAAACCAAAUUGAAUGGAGUGCAUGGAGCUAUGAGAUGCUUGGUUCUUCUCUCUGCGGACUUGGAUGAUAAAAUGGUUCCAACAUUAAUACCUGCUUUGUUCCCAAGUUUGCUGACAAUUGUAUCCUCUCCCCAGAUAUAUGAUACAUACCUUCGAACCAAGGCCCUUUCAAUAGUCUAUUCUUGCUCUUCUAUGCUUGGGACGAUGAGUGGUGUCUAUAAGGCAGAAACAAGUUCUCUGAUAGUUCCUUUGCUUAAACCAUGGAUGGAACAAUUUUCUUCUAUUCUAGAAACUCCAGUUCAAUCUGAAAAUCCAGAUGAUUGGAGUAUCCGAAUGGAGGUUUUGAAGUGCCUGAAUCAGUUUGUUCAAAAUUUCUCAAGCCUCAUUCAAAGUGAUUUUGAGGUUAUAUUGGGCCCAUUAUGGAAUACUUUUGUCUCCUCUUUGAGAGUUUAUGAGCAAGCCUCUAUUCAAGGAACAGAAGAUUCAUAUGAGGGAAGUUAUGAUUCUGAUGGUUCAGAGAAAAGCCUUGAUUCAUUUGUUAUGCAGCUUUUUGAACUUCUGUUGACUAUUGUGGGUAAUCCAAGAUUGGGAAAGGUUGUUAUGGCUAAUGUCAAAGACUUGGUUUACUACACAAUUGCUUUUCUUCAAAUGACGGAACAGCAGAUUCACACAUGGACUAUGGAUGCUAACCAGUUCAUUGCAGAUGAAGAGGAUGCCACUUAUAGCUGUCGCAUUUCUGGUGUGCUUCUACUGGAAGAGGUUGUCAAUUCUUUCCAUGGUGAAGGACUUCUGGCCAUCAUAGAUGCUGCAAAACAAUGGUUCACUGAGUCUCAAAUAAGAAAAGUGUCUGGCAGUGCAAGCUGGUGGAGGAUAAGAGAAGCCACUCUUUUUGCCUUAUCAUCACUUUCAGAACAACGGCUUGAGAUAGAGGAGUCAGGGUUUGACACAAGUAGCUUGAAGACCCUGGUUGAGCAGAUCAUCACUGAGGACUCUCUAAUUGAUCCUUUUGAAUACCCCUUUCUAUUUGCUCGUAUUUUUACUUCGGCUGCUAAAUUCUCCUCUUUGUUGAGCCAUGGAGUACUAGAGCACUUUCUCAAUGCUGCAAUGAAGGCUAUUACAAUGCAUACGCCUCCCCCUGUAAAAAUAGGUGCCUGCCGGGCACUUUCUCAGCUCCUCCCUGAAGCAAAGGAUAAAAUUGUCCAACCACAAUUAUUGGGUUUAUUUUCAUCACUCACAGAACUUCUUAAUCAAGCAUCAGAUGAAACCUUGCACAUGGUACUUGAAACAUUGCAUGCAGCAGUCAUGACAGGUCAUGAAUCAUCAACAUUGGUAGAAAGCAUUAUUUCUCCAGUAAUCCUUAAUGUAUGGGCUUCACAUGUUUUGGAUCCUUUUAUCAGCAUUGAUGCACUUGAAGUUCUUGAGGCAAUCAAAAACAUUCCUGGAUGUAUACAUGCAUUGGUUUCCAGAGUUUUGCCAUAUAUUGGACCAAUUUUAAAUAAACCCCAGGAGCAGGCUGAUGGUUUGGUAGCUGGAUCAUUAGAUCUGGUAACAAUAUUACUAAAGAAUGCCCCCGGCGAUGUAGUCAAAGCAAUAUAUGAUGUUUCUUUUAAUGCUGUUAUCAGAAUAAUCCUUCAAAGUGAUGAGCAUAGUGAAAUUCAGAAUGCUACGGAAUGUUUAUCCGCUUUUAUAUCUGGGGGAAGACAAGAUAUUCUUAAUUGGGGAUCUGAUUCUGAAUCCACUAUGAGAAGUUUACUUGAUGUAGCUUCAAGAUUACUGGACCCCAAUUUGGAAAGCUCUGGAUCUCUUUUUGUAGGCAGUUACAUCCUUCAACUUAUAUUGCAUUUACCAUCACAUAUGGCUAUACAUAUACGAGAUCUGGUAGCCGCUCUAGUCAGACGUAUGCAAUCUGCUCAAAUUGCUUCCUUGAGAAGCUCCUUGCUAGUUGUCUUUGCCAGAUUGGUACACUUGAGUGUUCCUAAUGUUGGACAAUUUAUUGAUUUGCUGAUCUCAAUUCCUGCUGAAGGACAUGAUAAUUCCUUUGCUUAUGUAAUGUCAGAAUGGACUAAGCAGCAAGGUGAGAUACAGGGGGCCUAUCAAAUAAAAGUUACAACAAGCGCCCUGGCCUUGUUGCUAACCAGUAGGCACAAUGAACUGGCAAAAAUUCAUGUCAAUGGCCAUCUGAUUAAGUCUGGUAUGGGAAUAACCACAAGAUCCAAAGCUAAAUCAGCUCCCGACCAGUGGGUGAUGUUGCCACUUCCUACAAAGAUUGUGGGUUUACUGGCCGAUUCAUUAACUGAAAUACAAGAACAAGUUUUGGCUGGUGAUGAUGAGGAUAGUGACUGGGAAGAAGUUCAAACAGAUGGCAUUGAAAAUGAUAGAGAGUUUCUUUAUUCAGUAUCUACAUCAACUUCGGGAAAACCCACAUAUGAACAUCUUGAAGCAAUGGCCGAAGUAUUUAACAAGGAUCAAGAUGAUCAGUAUGAAGAUGACCUGUUAAGUAUUGCCGAUCCUCUUAACCAGAUAAAUCUGGUAAAUUACCUUGUGGAUUUCUUUGUUAACUUUUCACAGUCCGACAGACAGCUCUUAGAUCACAUUUGCAAGAGCUUGACCGAGUCUCAACGAAAUGCGAUUAAACUGGUGCUACAGAGAUGAACAUUUAGUUUCACUGAGAGCUGUCUCAAGAUGGGUUGAUACUAUCAGAGAAAGAGAAACACAGAUGGUUGGAAUGGAAUAUUUUGUCAUUGAUCUUGUUGGGGAAACUGAUUGUAGUUCUGAAAGAUGUUUUCUUUCUGCUGCUGUGUGUCCCCUCCUGUGUGUUUGUUUAUUCUUUUUACUCAAUUUCUGUAUGUAACGGCUAUAAGUUUUGACUUUACUGGGUUUUUGCCCAUUGUUAAUUCACCAAAAAAAAUGUGUUACAAGAUGAAAUCACCAAAUUUAUUUGUUUGCUGUUGAAAAUCUUCAACUGAAUUUCAUUGAUUGAAAAGAUAAUGAAUACAUGAGAGAUUACAGUA